GAUGGGAGUACAUACAAAACCAAAGAUGGCAGAAUUAGAAAUAACACAUUUAGUUCAAGUAUAUGAUACCAUCAAUGAAUUAUGGGGAUGCGAAGACGCUAUAAUAGCUGGAGAUUUUAAUGCAGAUUGUAGUUAUGUAACUAAUGAGGAAUACAAGGAAAUGAGACUAAUAAAAGACAAGAGAUUCAAAUGGCUUGUUAAUAAGGAAGAGGAUACGACUGUUUCCGAUAGUAAUUGUGCUUACGAUCGAUUUGUGAUAGUUGGAAAGAGUAUCAAGAAAGAUUUGGAGCCAAGUUCUGUUGGUAUUUUUAAUUUCGAAAAGGAAUAUAAUCUCAAUAGAAAACAAGCUCUUCUCGUCAGCGAUCAUUAUCCCAUACAUUUACAAGUAGAGAAAUGA